GGAUUUCAGCACUGGGGAAACCACUCUAUGCACCAAAAAUGUCUAAAGCUGGAACCAAGAUUACUUUCUUUGAAGACAAAAACUUUCAAGGCCGCCACUAUGACAGUGAUUGCGACUGUGCGGAUUUCCACAUGUACUUGAGUCGCUGCAACUCCAUUAGAGUGGAAGGAGGCACCUGGGCUGUGUAUGAAAGGCCCAACUUUGCUGGGUACAUGUACAUCCUACCCCGGGGCGAGUACUCUGAGUACCAGCACUGGAUGGGCCUCAAUGACCGCCUCAGCUCCUGCAGGGCUGUUCACCUGUCUAGUGGAGGCCAGUAUAAGAUUCAGAUCUUUGAGAAAGGGGAUUUUAAUGGUCAGAUGUAUGAAACCACUGAAGAUUGCCCUUCCAUCAUGGAGCAAUUUCACAUCCGAGAGGUCCACUCCUGUAAGGUGCUGGAGGGUGCGUGGAUCUUCUACGAGCUGCCCAACUACCGUGGCAGGCAGUACCUCCUGGACAAGAAGGAGUACAGGAAGCCCAUCGACUGGGGUGCAGCUUCCCCAGCUGUCCAGUCUUUCCGCCGCAUUGUGGAGUGAUGAUACGGAUGCAGCCAUAAGCUUCUUCCUGGGGCCAAAUGCUGGCUGGCCUUGUCGUCCAAAUACGCAUCAUAAAUAAAAACAA